AUGAAUUUAGGCUCUGGGGCAAAUGCACUUGGCUUACUGUUGGCUACUAUUGCAUUCCUGACAACUGUAGGGCAAGGCCAAGUGCAAGACUCACUGCAACAGAUAGCAUUUAUAGCUGAUCGUGACCCCUGGGAAGCUGCAACUGCCCUAUCUCUGACUUUGGAACGAAUUACGGAACCGCCACUCACUUCGCGACUAGAGAAAGAUCCGUACCUUGAUAGUAAAGGGAGACUGGUGGUAAACCCUCCCACGGACUACGAUGAGGAGGAAUACAAAGCACGAUACGAAGUUUUCUGGACUGAAAGUGUAAAUGACAGCCAGCGGCUGCUUUACGAGCUACUUAAAGAAUGCAGUGAUCGACUAGCUCACCCAGAGGCCACAUAUAUGCUAUAUCGCAUGCAUCUCUAUGGAGAGUGGGGCAUACCGCAUAAUUGGUUACUCGGAUGGAAGUACCUGGAACGCUUCAAUGUUUUGAGCAAUGAAACAAACACAACAUCACUAUAUGAUGCAGCGGUAGCCCACGCCACUGGCCUUUUCGGCGUACUGCCAGUGUCGCCCGAGAAGACGCUAAUAUAUCUUCAGAAAGCAAGCCGUCUGGGCUCUCUGGAAGCAAUGCAAGCACUCGCAUAUCGUUACUUAAUGGGCCAUAACGUCCCUCAGGAUGCAUCAAAGGCGUUGAUCCUGUACAGCAAAGUUGCACAUGAGCUGUGGUACUCGUAUCCAGCUCGGUUCUGGCACUACCAUGAUGAAUACUUCGACAGCUAUGGCAACCCAGGGUUUUUAUACAGGGGAGCAGAAGUCAGUGAGAAAUUUGCGCCCAGAUCUCUUCCAAACUGGGGGAGCCCGCUGUUACGCUUUUACUAUUAUUUCUUGAAGUUUAUUGAGAUCACCGAUGAGCCUGGCUCCCCCGAGUACAUGGAUCUCGGAAUUUGCGAUGCGGUCGAGGAAGCGUUCAAACUAAGCAUGAAUACGUAUACCCAGUAUGGGGAUCACGAAGGUGUACUGCGCAGGAUGUUUGAAAUUCACGAGAAGUUUCAAGGGGAAAUUGCCAAUGCGGAUCACGUAGCGAAGGGCUGUUAUGGCUCUGGAAUGGCGUUACUAGGCCAUUUAUUGCUGCGGGGACUGGGAACCGAGCAACCUAGGAUAAAGGAGGCAGAGCAAAUACUAUUGCAUGCGCGUGAUGUCUUGCUUCAAACGAACAAAGUUCUUUCCAGGUUCCCCUUGAGGGACCUCGGGCUGUUGCACCACUAUGAAUAUAGGGACUAUAACCGGGCUGCGGAGUUCUAUAAACUCGCAGAAGAUGAAGCGAGCCUUUAUAUGCUCAAUUUCAUACAAAAUGACCUCUCCCAGGAGGGUCUGAUUGCGGCUAUGGACCGCUUCCGUGAUGGCAAUCUCGAGAGCCAUUUCACACGCAUCCAGAUACUUGAGCUUCAAUUGGGGUUCCAGGGCCCCGCUGCAAUUGCUGAAAGUUAUAGAUACUUCCUUGAAAAUGCGAACCAUCUACAGUCGCCAGACCUGCGCAACGCUCUUAUGCAGGCCCUGAUGGGCAACUUCGAAAACGCACUGUGGCUAUAUGCCCGUUCCGCGGAGCUAGGCACCCUGUCUGCCAUGGAGAAUGCCGCCCGCAUCCUUUACAAAGCCCCCUGUCUGAUCUGCGCUUCACCACAGAUCUCGCCCCCGCGCCUCGACGCCGCGUUUCGCUACUACGACCGGGCACGCAUGAUGGGCAGUGUGUUCGCAGCUGUAACAGCGGGUAGUAUGUGCUAUAGAAAUGGCUCCUACGAGACGGCUGCUUUACUGCACCUGAGUCGCUGUACCGAAUUCAGCCGGUUGACUCUAGGCUACAUGUACGAACAUGGCCUGGGCGUCGACCGCGACUACCGCCUUGCCGCCGAGCACUAUGAAGCCGCGACAAGGGAAUUUGUUCCAUGGACCAGCAUGGCGGGCAAGCUUCUCGUCUGGAAAGUGACAGUCAAGGCCUGGUUCCACUCUGCGAUCUGGCUACACAAGCUUAUUCGCAGCUUCAGAGUCCUCUGGAACUGGCUGACGAUAUAG